AUGAUUAUUCUGGCAUUGACAGAUGCCGACUACAAGUUCUUAUGGGCAUCAGUGGUGUAUGGUUCAGUAUUCGAUUGUCAAGUGUUCAACGACUCUGAAUUGAAGGAGUUGGUGGAAGUUGGUGAACUAGGCUUCCCUGAUCCAGAGCCGCUGCCAGGCCUGAACGAAAACCCGCUCUACUUCUUCCUUAGAGACAAUGCAUUUCCAUUGAUGACCUGGAUAAUGAAGCCACACUCAAGGAUGGACCUUGGCCACGAUGAACGCAUAUUUAAUUACAGACUGUCCCGUGCCAGAAAAGUGGUGGAGAAUACAUCGAAAUAUAGGCCAACAUAUAUGUACAGGUCUCAUACUGUCUCACACGGCCUCUUUACGGUCUUAAACGGUUGCUAA